CGUAGAGCGAGAAAUGGGAAUUGAGGUACUUGCCCCGCCCCAUCCCAUCCCAUUGCCAUCACUAUCCACACUCUAGCCAGUGCCCUGUCUAUUUUCGUAAUUUUAAAAACAAGGAUUGACGGUUGACCCGUAGAAAUCGGGCCUUGGGCCCGCAUCUCGAGGCCGCCAAUAAUUCAUUAAUUAAUUGCUCUAUUUAUCCAUUUUCCCGCUCCUAAAUCCAUGGAAAAUUACGAACCUCACCCCCUUUUUAUCACCCUCUCCAUCCGAAUCCUCCACAUUUCUGCGUCUUUACGGUAAAUGCCCCUACCCCAAUUCACAUUAAAAAGAAGGGGGAGCCGGCGAUAUAAAAAGCACAGGCUCCGGCAAUUUGCUCUCCCACUCCCAAAAAUGGCGACCGAGAGAAACUUCGGCGACGGCGGCGGCCGGGAAGAGGAAAGCUACUACGCCGACGAAGUGGAGGAGAAGACGAGGAUGAGGCGGAACAAGUUCGGCAAGACGAUGUCGUCUUCCAUGGAACUGGAGCUGGAUUCGGUGGAGAAGAUCUUCGAGGCGAAGGAGGUGCCGCCAUGGCAGAAGCAGCUCACGGUCAGGGCGUUCGUCGUCAGCUUCAUCCUAGGGGUUUUGUUCACCUUCAUAGUCAUGAAGCUCAACCUCACCACCGGCAUCAUCCCGUCGCUCAACGUCUCCGCCGGAUUGCUCGGGUUCUUCUUCGUCAAGACCUGGACCAAGCUGAUCCAGAAGGCCGGCAUGCUCAAACAGCCGUUCACUCGCCAGGAGAACACCGUCAUUCAGACCUGCGUCGUCGCGACUUCCGGAAUCGCAUUCAGCGGUGGUUUUGGAAGUUAUCUAUUUGGGAUGAGUGAUAUCGUUGCCAAGCAAUCCAAAGAAGCAAACAGUGCGCAGAAUAUCAAGGACCCGUCACUGGGAUGGAUGAUUUCGUUCCUUUUUGUAGUCAGCUUUCUUGGCCUCUUCUCUGUGGUUCCUCUCAGAAAGAUUAUGGUGGUAGACUUCAAGUUGACAUAUCCAAGUGGCACUGCAACUGCUCAUCUUAUCAAUAGUUUCCAUACUCCUCAGGGUGCUAAGCUAGCCAAGAAGCAAGUGAGAGCACUGGGGAAAUUCUUCUCCUUCAGCUUCCUGUGGGGCUUCUUCCAAUGGUUCUUCACUGCAGGGGAUGGCUGUGGAUUCGUGAAUUUCCCUACUUUCGGUCUCCAGGCCUAUGAACACAAAUUCUUCUUUGAUUUCUCUGCAACUUACGUUGGUGUGGGAAUGAUCUGUCCAUACCUAGUCAACAUAUCUCUGCUACUUGGAGCAGUUGUAUCCUGGGGUCUCAUGUGGCCUAUGAUUAACAACCAGAGAGGUAACUGGUACCCUGCUGACCUCCCACCAAGCAGUCUUUCCGGCCUGCAAGGUUACAAGAUAUUCAUCGCCAUAGCCAUGAUCCUCGGCGACGGCGUCUACAACUUCAUCAAAGUCUUCGGCCGAACCAUACAAGGCUUAUACAACCAGUUCUCACGUAAAGACCCAUCCAUCACCACCGUCCUCCCAGUCGCCGGCGCCGGCGGCGGCAGCGGCAACUCGACAUCCCCGACCACCCUUCCCCCACCACUCACCUACGACGAACAGAGACGCACCGAGCUCUUCCUCAAGGACCAAAUCCCAGUCUGGAUCGCCGCCGGCGGCUACAUCUCCAUCGCCGUAGUCUCCGCCGUCCUCGUCCCCCACAUCUUCCACCAGCUCCAUUGGUACCACAUCGUCGUCAUCUACAUCAUCGCACCAGUCCUCGCAUUCUGCAACGCGUACGGCACCGGUCUCACCGACUGGUCUUUAGCCUCCACCUACGGCAAGCUCGCCAUCUUCACCAUCGGCGCGUGGGUCGGCGCGUCUCACGGCGGAGUCCUCGCCGGUCUGGCCGCCUGCGGCGUCAUGAUGAACAUCGUCUCCACAGCUUCCGACCUGAUGCAGGACUUCAAGACCGGAUACAUGACUCUGGCCUCCCCACGCUCCAUGUUCAUCAGCCAGGUAAUCGGGACCGCGAUGGGCUGCGUGAUCGGCCCAUGCGUCUUCUGGCUGUUCUACAAGGCCUUCGACGAUUUGGGCCAGCCCGGGUCCGAGUAUCCGGCCCCAUACGCGCUCGUCUACCGCAACAUGUCGUUGCUUGGAGUGGAAGGCUUCUCUGCUCUGCCGAAGAACUGCCUGAUGCUCUGCUGCAUCUUCUUCUCCGCUGCAAUUCUCGUCAAUGGAGUUAGGGACUUGGUCGGCCCGAGGUGGGCCAAGUUCAUACCGCUGCCCAUGGCGAUGGCGAUACCGUUCUACCUCGGCGGGUACUUCGCCAUCGACAUGUGUGUUGGGAGCUUGAUAUUGUUCGUGUGGGGGAAGGUAAACAAGGAGAAGGCGGAUGCGUUCGGGCCGGCUGUUGCGUCGGGGCUGAUCUGUGGGGAUGGGAUAUGGACGCUGCCGAGCUCGAUACUGGCGUUGGUCGGUGUGAAGCCGCCGAUCUGUAUGAAGUUCUUGAAGGGGGGAGUGAACACCAGGGUUGAUGCUUUCUUGAGGACGAAUUAGAUUUGAUGGAAAUUCUUUCUGAGUAGAGUUGUAAGUAGUGGUGGGUUGCAAAUGGACCCUUUUGUUGUUCCAUAAUUUUCUUCUCUUCGUGUUGUUGUAGUCACCAUCUCUGCUGUCUUUGUUUCAGAGCAGUUGUUGAUCUCUUGCCAAAUGUGUAAUUAGAUUGAUGGUGAAAAUUCGUAACCAGAAAGAAAAAAUUGAUAGUUGA